AUGGCGUCUCCCCCUUAUCGCCCAGAGUGCAGCCGGCUGGUCCGGAUCUGCGUUCUCCUGGGGGCCCUGUGGGAAAUUCGGGCUGAACAGAUCCGCUACUCCGUGCCUGAGGAGCUGGAGAAAGGCUCUUUCGUGGGCAACAUCGCCAAGGACCUGGGGCUGGAGCCCCAGGAGCUGGCGGAGCGCGGAGUCCGCAUCGUCUCCAGAGGUAGGACGCAGCUCUUUGCUCUGAACCCGCGGAGCGGCACGUUGGUCACGGCGGGCAGGAUAGAUCGGGAGGAGCUCUGCGACAGAUCUCCGAAGUGUGUGGCAAACCUGGAGAUUCUCCUAGAGGACAAAGUGAAGAUUUUUGGAGUAGAAGUGGAAAUAACAGAUGUUAAUGAUAACGCGCCCACCUUUGGAACAGAGCAGAGGGAAAUAAAAGUUGCUGAAAAUGAAAAUCCUGGGACAAGAUUUCCUCUUCCUGAAGCUUUUGAUCAGGAUGUAGGGAUCAACUCCCUACAGGGUUACCAACUCAGUUAUAAUGGUCACUUCUCCCUGGCCGUGCAAAGCGGGACCGAUGGGAUUAAGUACCCAGAGCUGGUGCUAGAGCGCGCCCUAGAUCGCGAGGAAGAGGCCGUUCACCACCUCGUUCUCACCGCCUUCGACGGAGGCGACCCGGCUCGCUCUGGCACUGCCAGGAUUCAUGUAACACUUGUGGAUACCAAUGAUAAUGCUCCCGUAUUCACUCAGCCCGAGUACCAUGUGAGUGUUCAGGAGAACGUACCUGUGGGCACCCGUCUACUCACCAUAAAAGCUACUGAUCCAGAUGAAGGAGCCAAUGGAGAAGUGACGUAUUCUUUCCGGAAAGUGAGAGACAAAAUAUCCCAGCUAUUCCAGCUGAAUUCUCUGAGUGGAGAUAUAACAAUAUUGGGGGAUCUAGAUUAUGAGGACUCUGGAUUCUAUGACAUAGAUGUAGAAGCCCAUGACGGUCCUGGUCUUCGAGCCAGAAGUAAGGUACUGGUGACCAUUCUGGAUGUAAAUGACAACAUUCCAGAAGUCACAGUUACAUCUCUCACCAGCUCAAUCCAAGAAACUUCUUCCCCAGGUACAGUCAUUGCACUUUUCAAUGUGCAUGACAGUGACUCAGGAGAGAAUGGCCUUGUCACAUGUUCUAUUCCAGAUAAUUUGCCAUUCACACUUGAAAAGACCUAUGGAAAUUAUUUUCGGUUACUGACACGCAGAACUCUGGACAGGGAAGAAGUCUCACAAUAUAACAUCACAGUAACUGCCACUGACCAGGGAACUCCACCACUGUCUACAGAAACUCACAUCAUCCUGCAUGUGAUGGACAUCAAUGACAACCCACCAGCCUUCUCUCAUGCCUCCUACUCUGCCUACAUUCCUGAAAACAACCCCAGAGGAGCCUCCAUCAUAUCCAUGACUGCCCAGGACCCUGACAGUGGUGACAAUGCUCGAGUCACUUACUCCCUGGCUGAGGACACUUUCCAGGAUGCACCCUUGUCCUCUUAUGUAUCCAUCAACUCCAACACUGGUGUUCUAUUUGCACUGCGCUCCUUUGACUAUGAGCAGUUUAGAGACCUGCAACUACUGGUGACAGCCAGUGACAGUGGGGACCCACCACUCAGCAGCAAUGUGUCACUGAGCCUGUUUGUGCUGGAUCAGAAUGACAAUGUGCCUGAGAUCCUUUACCCCACCCUACCCACAGAUGGUUCCACUGGCGUGGAGCUGGCACCUCGCUCUGCAGAGCCUGGCUACCUGGUGACAAAGGUGGUGGCAGUGGACAGAGACUCAGGCCAGAAUGCCUGGCUGUCCUACCAACUGCUUAAGGCCAGUGAGCCUGGGCUUUUCACAGUGGGGCUGCACACGGGUGAGGUGCGCACGGCGAGGGCCCUGCUGGACAGAGACACAGUGAAGCAGAGCCUCGUGGUGGCUGUCCAGGACCAUGGCCUCCCCCCUCUCUCAGCCACCGUCUUGCUCACCGUGGCUGUGGCCGACAGCAUCCCUGAUGUCCUGGCCAACUUGGGCAGCCUCAAGCCUUCAGCCAAUCCAGAUGACUCAAGCCUCACACUGUAUCUGGUGGUGGCAGUGGCCACAGUCUCCUGUGUCUUCCUGGCCUUUGUCAUUGUGUUGCUGGCACUCAGGCUACGGCGCUGGCACUCAUCGCGCCUGGGUCAGGCUGCAGAUGGUGGGUUGGUGGGGGUGCCCACCUCACACUUUGUGGGCAUGGAUGGGGUGCAGGCUUUUCUGCAGACUUAUUCCCACGAGGUCUCCCUCACCGCGGACUCAGGGAAGAGUCACCUGAUCUUCCCCCAGCCCAACUACGCGGACACACUGAUCAGCCAGGAGAGUUGUGAGAAAAGUGAUCCUCUUCUUAUAAAUCAAGAUGUACUUGAAAUAAAAGAUCCCAAUCUUCUUCAGGUGAGUUGA